UGUGCUGCUGCUGCUGCUUAUACUUCGCGACUCUUUCGUGGCUGUGUGCGGCUCUCCUUAUACGCGUAUAUACUCGGCUCUUUCGUAGCAUCUCCGCCGAGGCAGUUCGUAGAUACGUAUUAUACAGACUACGUUACAGACUGUUUGGACUUUGGAGUUGGCCAGCAGCAUAGUAGCAGCAAAGCAAAGCAGGAGUGUCUCUUUCUCUCUCUCUCUCUCUCUUUUCUCGCAGUGCUUCGCUCUCUCGCACUUUCGCGCACCUAUACAUAUAUAUAUUUAUUUCUCUCUCUCUCUCUCUUUCUCCGCCAGUAUAUACUCGCCGGAGUAGUUAGUUCUAGUGUAUAACCCAGGACACACCGGGAUCACACACGGUGGAUCAUGGCGGUGCCCAAUACCGGUGUUGUUGUUCCAAGGAACUUCCGACUUUUGGAAGAACUUGAACAAGGACAAAAAGGAGUAGGAGAUGGAACUAUUAGUUGGGGUUUGGAAAAUGACGAUGAUAUGACUCUCACUCAUUGGACAGGCAUGAUCAUCGGACCACCAAGGACUCCAUAUGAAAACAGAAUGUACAGUCUCAAAAUUGAUUGUGGGCAAAGGUACCCAGAUGAUGCUCCAAGUGUCAGAUUUCUGAGCAGAAUUAAUAUGAAUUGCAUCAAUAGUACUACUGGAGCAGUAGAUAAUAGAAGUGUACCAAUACUUACUAAGUGGCAGAGAGAAUAUACAAUAAAAACUGUUCUCACCGAGCUUCGUCGUUUGAUGACUCUAAAAGAAAACAUGAAAUUAUCUCAGCCACCAGAAGGCAGUACAUUUUAGCCUGAAGUUUCAUAAAGGCAUUAUUUACUCUGGUACUCAAAUUAAAAGCUAAUGUAUGUUGUGAAACUACAGUAUGGGGUACUUGAAAAUGAAACAUCCUUGUACCCAUUAAAACUUGAAUGGAUUAUAAGUAAUAAAAAAAAUGUUGAUAAAACAAAGCAAGUAUGCUCACACUUUUAUGAAAAUUUAAAAGUGACUUGUGAGCAAAAAUAAUGGAUGGUCGAAUCUGCGCUCUUGAAGCCUGAUUAAGAAAUUAGAUUUAUUAAUUAAUGCUAGUAAUUGUUUCAUGCCAUGAAGCUUUCAGAAAAAGUUCAAGCUUCAAAUUGGCUUAAAGAGAUAUAAUAAAUAAUUAUUCAAGCUGUUUGCAAAUAAAAAAUGCUUUUUUCAUAUGGGCCAAAAAAGAAGUACCAGAUUUGACUAGCCAGUAUUUAUUAUAUAGCAUGAAGUCAUAUUUUGAAUCUUUGAAAAAAGAUCUACUGGAAUCAUGAGUUGUGGAAUAAAAUUGAUAUUCAGUAACAAAAUGGUAAAUAUUUUCCAGCCUUAUACAUUUUUGAUCAAACGACCUAUUUUAAUGAAGUUAUCAUCUUACUCGUAAAUAAUGCCUUGAUGAGUUGAAAUUUGAAUUAGAUGCGCGACGUGCAUUUGAUUUCAAUUUGAUUUUUAUCAUAUUAGGCAUUGAGAGCACCACAUUCACAGUCAACUAAUUAUUAAUUUGUUAAAAAUACCAUACACAAUUGAAGGUGGAACAGCAUUUAAAAGCAUUUGUUUGUUAAUGCAAAACUAAAAGACUUAAUAUAGCAGUUGAUGAAUUUAUGAUUAUAGAAUUAAUUUUAUUUGAAAUUCUAAUUACUGACAGGUCUCAAAGUUAUACCUGCUUUAAAUAGUGUUGUAAUAGUGUAUUCAGUUAUUCAUUUUUUAAUAAGUUAUAUUUAUCUUCAAUACUUUUUUAUCUUAAACAACUUUUUAAAAUGAUAUGAAAUUUGAACCAAAAAAGCUAUCACUGAAAUGUAAGCUUGGUAUUUUAACUAACCAAUGUUCAAUAUAAUCAGAUGAUACAUAAAGAUAGCUUAUAAUUAAGCUUUUCAAACUUAUGUUCAUAUUUUAAUUAUUCUGUAAGAAUGAAAAAUAUAUGAUUUUUUUCUUAAAUCA